AUGUAUUUUGUUGAAUUGUUAAGAGCCAAAAGCAUUAAGCUAUCUAUGGAUGAAAGAAAGGAGCUUCCAAAGGCCAUAGCCUCAACUCAAAACCUUAAAAAAGAAGAGGCCCAAAAAGAGGGAGAGGCCCGAGCAAAUAUGGGCCAAACUGGAUCACUAAUGAGCCCAUUAAAAAAGUCAUCAAGCAGUCGGAUCAACUGUCUUUGUUCCCCAACUACACAUGUUGGAUCUUUUCGGUGUAGGCUUCAUAGACAUGGAAACAAAUCCGGAUUCAGGCGUGGGCAUUCGGUUGGGUCGGAUCUAUCCGAGUUGGCCCAUAAGUCAAGCCCAUCUACCUCUUCAUUGCAAUUGCAUUGA